UCAUCUUUAGCAUUCCAUGUGUAAACUAAUGUGAGAAUACCGGUUUAUAAUGAUACUUAUCACUUCGUCAGUAUAAUUACAAAUACUUCAAAGCAUUAUUAUUUAUGUACCAAAUUGAUGAUCGUAAAAGUAUUGCUGCGUAUCAAAAUGGAGACCAAUUUUGAUACUAUUGACGAAAGUGCAAAUGAGAAUGUAAUAGGAGGGGAAACUGUUGAUGUGGUUUUGGAAGAAGCUGAGAUAGUGGAUUGCGACGUUGAUGAACAACAUGAGGAUAACGUACAGUACCACUUGUAUGCGAUAAACGGACGUAACAAUACAGUGGCGUAUAAAGUUAUGCAGAUCAGCAAUAACGAUAACGAUAGAGAGGAUAAUGAAGUUUCGAUAGCCACUUCUGUGAAUAAUACUGUUCAAGUUUUGACUUCGCCAUUGAAUGGACAAUUAUAUGUACUCAGUAAUAGUAAUGACGUUGUAACAUCAGAGUCCACUAAAGCAGUUGUACCUAGUGUAGCUAAACUGCAUAUAGAAGGAUCACAGAAUAUUGUAACCACUGUAAAGAAGAGGGAUGAAAGACGAAGGGUAACACAUAAUGAAGUUGAAAGACGUAGAAGGGAUAAAAUUAGCAGUUGGAUUUCGAAGUUAGCAAAACUCUUAACGGAUUGCGAGCAGUGUUUGGAUGAAGAAGACGCAAAACCGAAUUUAGAAACACUAAGCAAAGGGGGUAUUCUAGCACGAGCUUAUGAAUACAUUAUGGAUUUAAAAGAUACUCCGAAUAAAUUAUCCCUUAGCUUGGACGAAAAUAUACAAUUAAUGGAAGAAGUUGAGAAACUGCGACAAGUUAUAAUUGAACUAACAGAUGAAAAUUCACAAUUAAAAGACCAAAUUUCAAAACAGGGAGAUGUGACUAUACUCGGUACUUAGAUCUUUAUAAGGAUUAAAAUGACUUUCUUAUUUAUAUUUUGUGUUGUUGAUAUAAAUGAACAUGACAAGAUGGAAUAACAACUCACA